GACAACAAACCCUGUGGUGGUUCGAGGCAUAACAGGCUGAUCUGGGAUCCUCUCUGGCCAGGCUUCCUUGUGCAAGUGUCUAAAGCAGUUAUGGCAACUGUUCCUGAACUCAACUGUGAAAUGACGCUUUUUGACAGUGAUGAGAAUGACCUGUUCUUUGAGGUUGAUGGACCCCCAAAAAUGAAGGGAUGCUUCCAAGCCUCUGACCCGGGCUGUCCAGAUGAGAGCAUCCAGCUUCAGAUCUCGCAGCAGCAUCUCAACAAGAGUUUCAGGCAGGCGGUGUCCCUCAUUGUGGCUGUGGAGAAGCUGUGUCAGCUCCCUGUGUCUUCCCCAUGGACCUUACAGGAUGGAGAUCUGAGAACCUUCUUUUCCUUCAUCUUUGAAGAAGAGCCCAUCCUCUGUGACUCAUGGGAUGAUGAUGAUGACCUGUUACUAUGCGAUGUUCCCAUUAGACAGCUGCACUGCAAGCUCCGAGACGAACAACAAAAAUGCCUUAUUCUGUCUGACCCGUGUGAGCUGAAAGCUCUCCACCUCAAUGGACAGAAUAUAAACCAACAAGUGGUAUUCUCCAUGAGCUUUGUACACGGAGAAACAAGCAACAACAAAAUACCUGUGGCCUUGGGUCUCAAAGGAAAGAAUCUAUACCUGUCCUGUGUAAUGAAAGACGGCACACCCACCCUGCAGCUGGAGAGUGUGGAUCCCAAACAAUACCCAAAGAGGAAGAUGGAAAAGCGGUUUGUCUUCAACAAGAUAGAAAUCAAGACCAAAGUGGAGUUUGAGUCUGCACAGUUCCCCAAUUGGUACAUCAGCACCUCUCAAGCAGAACACAAACCUGUCUUCCUGGGAAGCAACAGUGGUCAGGACAUAAUUGACUUCACCAUGGAAUCUGUGUCUUCCUAAAGUAUGGACUGGACUAUUUCUAAUGCCUUCCCCAGGACAUAUUAAGGGGCUCCCUUGUCAUGAAUGAGCAGACAGCUCAGUCUCCAGGGGAAUCCUUAGUCUUAUGCCAAGCCAGGUCUCUCAGAGCCAUGAGAAACCAUGGCACAUUCUGUUCAAAGAAAGCCUAUGUUUUCCUCCUUGCCUCUGAUGGGCAACCACCUACCUAUUUAUUUAUGUAUUUAUUGAUUGAUUGAUCUAUUUAAGUUGAUUCAAGGGGACAUGAGGCAGCAAUGUCUACAAAAGAAUCUAGUUGUCAAUGUGUAUGAGAUAAAUUGCACUUGGACCAGUGCACAGCCUGCACUGAGUUCCUUCACUGAAGCUGGGAAUAAACAAGUUUCUAUUGUGUGGAUGAGAAUGUUUAUGGAUGAAGAAUUAGCACAUCAUUUUGAUGAAUAUAAAAUAAAUUUCACUAAAACAAAAAACA